AUGUCAGACUAUCCAUUACAUGCAGCAUGCAUGGAUAACAAACUUGCAAAAGUUCAAGAGUAUCUUCAAAAUUCAGAAGAUGAGAAAAAGGAUAUAAUAGCUAAAGAUGCAGAUAAUAGAACAGCUUUACAUUGGGCUGUUUCAUCACAGGCAACUGAGAUUGUUACAUACUUGUUAUCACAUAUGAAGGAUAUCGAUUUGGAUAUUUUGACUGAUGAUGCUGGUUGGACUCCUGUUCAUAUAGCUGCAUCUGUAGGGAAUCUACCUAUCCUUAAAGAACUUUGUGAAAGAGAGAUUAAACCUGAUCUAGACCUGAAAACACAACAAGGUAUUACAGCGCUGCAUUUAGCUGUCUCCAAGACCCAUUAUGGUAUUGUCGAGUACUUGCUAGCUAAUGGUGCCAGUACAAGAAUUAAGGAUAAAAAGGGCCAAUUACCGUUACACAGGGCUUGUGCGAUCGGGUCUACAAAGAUGGCCACUCUGUUAUGUGCCAAACUAAGUCCUAUCAAUGCUAGAGAUAAUCAAGGUUGGACUCCAUUGUUCCAUGCGCUUGCAGAAGGUCAUGGUGAUGUCGCUGUACUGUUAGUGAAUCAAUACAGUGCCGAUAAAGAUAUUCAGGAUUCUAACGAAAAGACUGCGAGCGACGUCGCAUUAGACGAUAAAGUCAGAAAAUAUUUCGAAAGUCACGUCUAA